UGCCAGAUUUGUUUUGUCGGCUUGCGCUUACCCACUUCAGCAACAAUCAACACCAAACUUUUUCCCCCCAUCUCCUCCCCCUCCCAUUCUGCAUCUCCUUAUCGAUUUGCCAUCUUGCGCGCUGCCACGUCUCAUUGCAGAACCGAGGCGACCCACGGCAGCUUGUGCAUCCUGCAGCUGCACGCGUCUAGAUACGUCACUCAAACCGGCCGCUCCCACCUGAACCCACCUGGGAAGGUCUCGUCGCACCCGGCCUGGUCCGUCAUCUCUUGAGACCACAUCAGUCGUGUCUGAGGCUGCGAUUCCCCAUCUUUAUUUUCUGUCGCGCGAUCCUCAGUCAUCGCCACCAUGUCGGAUUCAGAGAGCGCCGAUUACCUGCAACCGGAGUUCGACCCGUGGUCGCUGACCGUCCCGCGUCUGCGCUCCAUUCUCGUCACCCACAACAUCCAGUAUCCGUCCCAGGCCAAGAAGCCCCAGCUUAUCGAUCUCUUCAACGACCAUGUCCAGCCACAGUCGAAGCAGAUCCUAGCCACCCGCGCCCGGGCGAAGCGCACGAGCAGAGGCAUCGUGGAUGCCGACUCGCGGAGCACGACAAGCACCGAGUUCAAUGACGAGGCGAUGCCGCCGCCGCCGCCCUCCACGAGGCGGUCGCGGUCGCCCAGGAAGGUGACCAGGGUGAAGCGCGAGUCCGAGGAGCCCGACCACGCUCCCGUAACACCCGCGCCGCUUCGAGAGAGCCCCCGCAAGAGGCAAUCACGGUCCACGAGCGCUCAAUUGCAGCCCGCGUCCGACACCGAUACAGGCCCCGACGCCGAACCGCCUCGGUCGGUUAGACGCGACCGGCGCAUGACCCCAAUCCCGAAGCUCGAGCCGCCGGAGGAAGAAGAGGUCUUUUUCAAACAGACACCCCAGACCGCUAGCGUCUUCAGCAGCGACAACCCGUUCCAGAGCGGCACCAACUCGCCAAUUUCUCCCCUGAAAACUCCCACCAACCGCCGCAAGACAGCCGGAUUGGAUUCGCUGCUUCGGCAAACGCCCUCUACUGCUCGCAGGAGGACGGACGGCUAUGCCUUCGUUGACGAAAUGGAGCCUUCUGCCGUCUCUCGGGAUAUCGAGAUUCCGCUCGGGCGGGGCGCAAGAGCAAGAACGCCUGAUAUGGAGCCCGAUCUUGAGCCUGAUGAGGAGUUUACUCCGGAUGAGCAAUUGGCGCUUACCCAGGAAGAGGCCGCACACCCCGAGGUGGCUGUUGCCCGACAAGCACCUCAACCUGCUAAGCGCGGCUCGAGUCUGUCGACCCCGUUUUGGGUUCUUGUGACAACUCUCCUCAUUGCAUAUGGGGCCUGGUACAGGCAGGAGAAGAUGGCAGUGGGAUAUUGCGGGCUCGGCCGGCCGCCGACCCAGCUCAUCCCAGCAAGCAUUCAACUUCCGGAGUGGGCUGUCGAAUUGGGCGCCAAGUACGACCUUGGGGAUAUCCAAAAUUUCCCGGUUCCCGAUUACCUUACCGGCGCUCUCGAGCCGCAGUGCGAACCCUGCCCCCCGCAUGCGUACUGCUACGAGGACUUCACGGCUCGCUGCGAACCUGACUUCAUCCUGAAGCCCCACCCGCUUUCUCUGGGCGGUCUCGUCCCCCUGCCGCCUACGUGCGAACCCGACGGUGAGAAAGUCCGGCGCGUCCAGGCUGUCGCCGACAAGGCCGUCGAGGAGCUGCGUGACCGGAGGGCCAAAUACGAGUGUGGCGAGUCCCUCGAGCCCGAGGAGAAAGAGCUGAAAGAGAUCCUCAACAAGAAGCGCAGCAAGAGAAUGGCCGCCGAUGAAUUCGACGAACUGUGGAGCGCUGCCAUUGGCGAAGUCAAGUCCAGAGAGGAAGUUGAGGUCAAGCAGGAGGAACCCGAGGCCCCAGCACCCGUCGCCGGACCCAUAGAACCGGAGGUGCCUCCAGUUUUCCAAGCACCAAACUAUCGUCCACCUCUCUCGCUAGCCUUUCGUACUCCUGCGCGCUCCGGCGGUCGGUCAAGCUCGGAGUGGCUCGACAUCGACUCAGCAUUGGUGGAGUGAUCUUCCUGAUCCUGUCCGUCAUCUACGGCCGCCGCCGUUUCAUUCACAACCGCGCCCUGGCGGCGCAGAUCCCCGCGUUGGUGAACGAGGUGCUCGACCGGCUCGCGAGCCAGAAGGAGGUCGCCUUCGAGACGGGCGACGACGACGCCUUCCUCUUCCUGCCGAACCUGCGCGACGACGUGCUCCGCGCGCUGCACCGCCUCGCCGACCGCGAGCGCCUCUGGCAGCGCGUGCGCGCCGUCGUCGAGCAGAACAGCAACGUCCGCACGGGGCAGCGCGAGGGC